AUGAAUUCUUUUGCGAAAAUCGCAUCCAAUGUAUUAUUUCGUCCCACAUUUCUCUUAAAACAAACUACCUUCUCUUCGAAUUUAGUCAAACCCUCUUUCUUUCAAUUUCAACAAGCCGGUUAUGUUACGAGGCUUUGGAGGCGUGGAACUGAGAGACCGCCGCCACCAAAACCAAGAAACAAAACCGCAAA